AUGAAGCUUAACUCAGAAGAGUUCUGUCUGCAAAAGCCAAAUUUAGACAAUCCUUUGACGGGAAAGCAGUAUUCUGCGACCUUCUUUUCCUACCUUGAUUUUUGCAAGGUUUUGGCUGAUAAAGAAGAAUUAAAGGAAUAUGUUCAUUUAAAUUUUGAUGAGAUUGCCUGUCAAAAAAUUGAAGACAAAAGCUCUGACGAGGAGAAGCCAACAGAUUCAUAUGCAUUGAUGAUCUACAAGGCGCUUGAGAGUGCUCCCGAGGGCAGACUUACUCUGGCCGAGAUCUAUGCCUGGAUAGAAAGCCAUUAUCCAUACUACCAGACGGCAGAUCAGGUUUGGAAAAACUCCAUUAGACACAACCUGUCUUUGAACCCAACAUUCAAGAAGAUCCCCAGGCCAAUGAACUCGAAAGGAAAAGGCGGCUACUGGGCGAUUGAUCCGUCCCAGAGACAAGGUAAACUACUAAAGAAUAGAAGACAAAAAGCUCCAGACAGCCAUGUCUCAAGCGAUAUUUUAAGUUUAAAUGCAGGAAGUAUGGUUUUCUAA